UGGGAUUAACUGAUUGCAUCAUCGGCUCCGAAACUGUCGUGAACGCCGAAUCCAUUGACUUUCCUUGUCAAGACAUACAAUCCACCCAUAAAAUGCUUCUUCUUUAAACUUGUCACAUCUACAAAUAGACCAAUUGCUUCUCGGGAACCGACCCGAAAGCUCAUCAAUUGGCUUGUCCAAGUAUUUUCGAAUUGGCGCGGCAGCGUUCACGCGACAGCACCGAUCCCGAGCACGGAUGAGAUCGCGGGUGCCCGCCAUUUGGUCCACUUCCGCAACAUGAUGAACGGCAGCAGCAGUCGAGCCCCUCCGCAAUCAUGAUUACACGAAACAUACCCCGAGCAGCGUUGCUCUCCUCGAGGGCGACGCUCUCGGGCUGUCAACACCGACACCUACCACCAUGGCCGCCUCGAUUCCCCUCGAGCAGAAUCCGCGCGCUCGUCACCUCGACCCCGCGACGAGCCAGCGCUCCUCCCACUCCGCCGCCGCCUUCCACCGGCCCCAGCUCCCCUCGGGCUGCCGCAGCGACGCCUCCAAAAGACUUCCUGGCCACACCGGAUAAGACCAAUCAGGAGCAGAGAAAGGCAGACUGGGCGAUAAUAAGGGAGAUGUCCCACUACCUGUGGCCCAAGGACAGCUUCAGCACAAAGAUGCGCGUCUCUCUGGCCGUGUCUCUUCUGAUCAGCGCCAAGGUCCUCAACGUGCAGGUACCAUUUUACUUCAAGAGCAUCGUUGACGCCAUGAAUGUGGACGUUGGCGCCAUGGGGGGCACGGCUGCUGCGGUCGCGGGCUCCAUGAUUCUUGCGUACGGCGCGACGCGGAUCGGUGCCACCGUUUUCCAGGAGCUUCGCAAUGCCGUCUUUGCCUCGGUCGCGCAAAAGGCGAUCCGCAAGGUGGCGGCCAACGUGUUUGAUCACCUGCUGCGGCUGGACUUGGCUUUCCACCUGUCCAAGCAGACUGGUGGUCUGACGAGGGCCAUCGACCGUGGAACCAAGGGCAUCAGCUUUUUGCUCACCAGCAUGGUAUUCCACGUCAUUCCGACAGCCUUGGAGAUUACCAUGGUCUGUGGCAUCUUGACGUGGCAGUACGGAGCGCAGUUUGCCCUCAUAACAGCCGUUACCAUGAGCGCAUACACUGCCUUUACGAUCUGGACCACGGCGUGGAGGACAAAGUUCCGGCGCCAAGCCAAUGCUGCCGAUAACCGGGCGUCUACCGUAGCUGUGGACUCUUUGAUCAACUACGAGGCCGUCAAGUACUUUAACAAUGAGAAGUACGAGGUCAAGCGCUAUGAUGAUGCUUUGAAGCAGUAUGAGAAGAGCUCCAUCAAAGUCGCGACGUCGCUCGCAUUCCUCAACAGCGGGCAGAACAUCAUCUUUUCUUCCGCUUUAACUGCCAUGAUGUACCUGGGGGCAAAUGGCAUUGCUCAGGGCAGCCUCUCGGUUGGUGAUUUGGUCAUGAUCAACCAGCUCGUGUUCCAGUUGUCAGUGCCACUGAACUUUCUUGGCUCCGUGUAUCGCGAGCUUCGCCAGUCUUUGCUGGAUAUGGAGACGCUCUUCAACCUGCAAAAAGUCAACGUUACUAUCAAAGAGCAGCCGGAUGCCAAGCCACUGUCAUUGAGCAAGGGCGGCGAGAUCCGUUUUGAGAAUGUCAACUUCGGCUACCACCCCGAUCGGCCCAUCCUACGUGAUCUAACCGUUACCAUCCCAGCCGGGAAGAAGGUGGCUAUAGUAGGCCCCAGCGGCUGUGGAAAGUCUACACUUCUUAGGCUGUUGUUCAGGUUCUACGACGCCCAAUCCGGAAGGAUUUUGAUCGACGACCAGGAUAUCCGCAGUGUGCAGCUUGACUCACUUCGUAAGAGCAUCGGUGUUGUGCCGCAGGACACCCCACUCUUCAACGAAACUGUGGAGCUCAACAUCCGAUACGGCGACAUGUCGGCACCGCGAGAGCAGGUCGUGGCAGCAGCGAAACGUGCCCGCAUUCACGAUACGGUGGAGUCAUGGCCUGACGGAUAUGCUACCAAGGUUGGCGAGAGGGGAUUGAUGAUAUCGGGCGGAGAGAAGCAAAGACUAGCCGUGUCGCGGCUGCUGCUCAAGGAUCCGCCACUGUUGUUUUUCGACGAGGCUACGAGUGCAUUAGACACGCAUACGGAGCAGGCUCUGAUGCAGAACAUCAACUCGAUUCUGCGUGAGAAGAGGCGCACCAGCGUUUUUGUUGCACAUCGACUGCGGACCAUCUUUGACUCUGAUCUCAUUAUUGUUCUCAAGGAAGGGCACGUAGCCGAAAUGGGCUCUCACAAGGAGUUGAUUGACCGAGGUGGUCUGUAUUCUGAGCUGUGGAGUGCGCAAGAAACACUGUUCAAUGCAGAUGGGUCGGAGAAAAACGAAUAAGUGCCGGACAAGAGCGGUCGCCCCAGAUCAUCUUGAAUGCUUGGCAAAGUAGAUGAACCGGAAUCUCAAAAUGCCGGCCGGAUGUUGCGGAUCUGCAUUUGACGGCGUUUUGGUACGGGCGCUUUCAAAGUCCAGCAUACGAAGUGUUACAUGGUGCCGGUGGCUGGCUGGCGUCUUUGCAUAUAGAUUAGCGGUCUGAUCCUGGAUAGUCUCCCGACAUGUGACUGGGAUUAUUUUUUUUUUUUUUUUUUUUGCUUGUUGAUUUUGGCACCUUAUAGAGAC